ACACGUUCAAUAGAAUUAUAAAUUCAAGAGUCAGCCCAACAAUAUGACAAUAGUGUGUUAAAUUCGUGACUGUGAUAUUAAUUAUAUUUUAUUUUUAUUUUCAAAUCAUACAAAAAGCGCCGCUAUCAAACAUGUUCGUGUUGUAAGUUCGAAAUGAAACAGGUUUUCCUUGCUUCUUCCGUUUCCUUUGCGCACUUCCCCGCAAGUGUUUGUAAUGGUGUCGUUGUUUUCGUUACAAGCACAGCCGGGCCAACUUCCAUUGCUGCUGCUUCAUAAAACGCAACUUGCCGCUGCUUUUGGCCAAUUAUUUUGCUUGUUGGUUGCUGUUGCUGACUUUUGCAUUGCCAGCGCUUGCGACAGUUUGCGUGCGACGCUUGUUGGUGGUGGUAGUUCGUAGCGGCACUUAAUAUUCUGCGGCCGGAUAGGUAAAGUCACUAGCUUUUCGACAUUCGUGAGAGGAAGUUUUAUUUAUCAACAACACUUGAUGAACAAAUGACGAAAGACGCAAGCUUUGCCGCGUUUAAACAGUAAAUAUUUUGUUUUUCGUCUUCAUGCAGCAUUUGGUGGUUGAAAAACGAAAAUUAAAAAAGGCAAAAAAAAUAUUGUGCUAAAUUAAAUGUUGAACAAAUGGUGGUUAGUGGACGGUGCUAAAGAAUGUCAAAGACGUUAAAGUCAAGCAGUUAAGCGACAGUGUAUGUGAUUGUGUUAUGCUUUGUAUGACGAUUGGGAAAUUAGGAGAAUAGAUUAAUUGAGUGCAACGAAUAAAAAAAAAUAAUGAAACAAAUUAAAAUGGCGGCUCAGAAAUAAAGAAAAGAAACAAAGAAGAGUUCGUUUAACGCAGCUGUGCUGAAAUAUUUACAAUUGAUGUACAAAUUUACGUACAUAGAUAUUUCUGUUAAUGCAAUUAUCAAUGCAUUUUUACAAUAAUAAAACCAAAUAUAUUUGUAAUAUUGAAUACCCAUGGAUUACGUAUUGUACAUACAUACGUACAUAUUUCAAUGUAAAGCACAAAUAUUUACAAGCUCGUCGCUAAGCUAACGUGUAAAAAAGAAAAUAAACACUAAAAGGGAACGUAGCAAACAAGUGUUUUCAUGCCUUAGCGCUAGCUGCCUGCUUGCCAUUUUUCUUCAUUCGCGUGCAAAUAAAAAUCUGCUGAAUUCACACAACAACGAAUCAAAGCAACGGAUGUGCAUCAAUUUAUGUUAUAUAAAUGCAAACAUAUAUAUUAUAUAUACAUAAGUAUGUCGCUUGAAGCUCCACAACAAUCAAAUAAAUACAUAAGAAGUGUAGUGUAAAUAAAACAAGCGCGAAAUGUUUAAUAAAAUAUUCAACAACAGCGAAAUUACAAAAGUAAAUGCAAACACCCAAAUAAAGACAAUAUUUUCAUAAAGUAAAGCAAUAAAAAUAAAAAAUUUAUUUAUAUAUUUAGCACAGCACAAUAACGAAAUGCAUAAUAACCAGUAACGAAACAGCAAAAGCAAACGACACCCACCACUCUGUGGUUGUAAUAAUUUAAAUUUGGACGAAAGAAAAAACAAGUUUUCAUUCAACCCGCUUCGCCGCCUCUUGUUUACCAAUAAUUAAACAAACAAAACUAUAAGCCGUACUACUCGUACCACUAUACUAAGUCCACUCGAAGCGACGAGCACUACGCUGUUUUCACAACCUCCCCACUGCACAGGGCAAAUCGUCGUAUAGCUCAACACCGUCGGGCGGCUUAAGUCAACCCCAGCACUACUAUAAUAUUCUGCCCAAUUCGCUGCAUAACAGUCAAGUCAAGCGAACAAAUUAACUUCGUUUGCUCUAAGCGUGGAAUAGCGCGCACAGCGUGUGCUCUCGCUUGAUUUGCGUUUGAGCUAACCAAACGUUACACACAUACACACAUAUACCAUUAUACGCGUAUAACAGAUAUUGACCGUGUGUGUUUUACCUGCCGUAGCUCCAUUGCUGGUACUCUACGUUUAUUGAAGUUUUUUUGGCUUUAACACCUUUGAACGUGCUUCCAUACAUAUGUACAUACAUAGUAACAUGCAAGUCAGUGUUCUGUGCUUGAUUCCCAUAUAGUGUACUAGUGUUUGUGUUAACUUGUUUUUAUACACUCAUAUUUAAAUGCCUUUGUACUUGUAUGUGUACAAUAAUAUUAAAAAAUUGUAGUGGUAGCGGUCUUAAAAUCGUAUACGCUUGUGUGUUGAAAUAUAAAUACUGUAAAUAUUGGUGUUGUAGCCACGCAGCUGUUGUCCAGUAUUCAAGUAUUCUGAAAUUCAUUGUAUAAAUUUUUCAGACAACACGCACAGACAUUAACAUUCGCUCAAAAUGGGUGACUGCUGCCAAUCGUGUAUGUCCCGCAUACCAUAUGCCACAUUAAUAGCGACACUCAUGUGCCUGCUUGGCGUUGGCAUAUUUUGUGGCACAAUGUAUCGAGGCGCCUCGUUGACGGUGAUUAUGAUGGAUCAAGUGUUUCAUUUGCAUCUAAUUUGGAUUGAAGCAAUUCAAAUGAUUUUUGUCAUAAUUGCUGCGGGAAUGGCGGCGCUUGGCUUUAUGAUACUCUUCGUUGGUUUCCUCGCAACUGGAGCGACACGAUACAAGGUCUAUCGCGCGUGGCGUUCACGAGUGGGUGGCCGCAUCUCGUGUGCAGUGUUCAUGGGCAUCACAUAUCUAUUGAAUUUCGUGUGGAUAUUGAUACUCUGCUUCUUGGUCAUAGUUACCUUUAUCUAUACAAUGUUCUGGAAUAUGUGCUCAAGUGUGGAACGUUCGCUCAGCUGCAUUGAUUUAACACAAUUUCAUUUCAUGUUCCCACCGAAUACAAAGCAAGAAGAUAUGAAAAUCUGCGAUAAAUAUGAGAUUAAAGCUUUCUGUAAGGAUGGCGUCGAAAAUGCCGAGGUCAUGUUCAUACUCGCCACGCUCGCUGCACUGCUCGUCAUACUGAGUUUGGUGCAUUAUUUAAUGUGUUUGGCGGCCAAUUAUGCGCACAUAAGAGAUCAUGAGAAAUUCCAGGAAUUACAAGAAAUACAAAAUCUAAACGAACUCGAGUAUAGCGCAACAUCAAAGGAUCGUUUCUAGGACAUAUUUCAGAAGAUUCAUUUUGAGCUUAAGGAGAAGUAAAUGGCGAAAGUGUUGCUUUGGUGGGGAAAAUAAUGAUUAAAUUGGAAAUAAAUUGAGAGACAUUUGCACGCACAAACACACAUGCACACACAUACACAAUCAUAAUAAAAAUUACACAUUCUUAGAAAUAAUAAAUAAAAAAAGGACUGAUGAAAAAUGCAACAAAACAAUGAAUAUUCAUAGACAAUGAAUGAAGUAUUAUGCAAGUAAUAGAAGUUGAAAUUUAUUGAUGAAGAAACAAACAUUUACAUUUCCAUACUGACUUAUUGAUAUGCAAAAUAUACAACAACAACAACAAACAAUAGCAACAAUGGCAAGGCAAUGCGUGCGGUGGUGUAAAUUUUGUUGACUUUACUUUUGAACUUGUAAUGCCAUGCAACUGGACGCAUUGGCCUUUUGAACACAUCACAACAACAAAUUCUAUAGAAAUUUAAAUAUGCAUACAUACAUAUAUAUGGUUAUUAUUAUUUUUAGUUAAGUGAUUUUAUUUAAGGAUUAGCACAUGACUUUGAUAUGUGUAAGAAAAUUGAAAAAUUAAAAAAAAAUCCUUCUUAAAUAUUUUCAUUAAUUUUAUUAUUUAACUUUUCAGAAUGGUAAUCGUUUACAACUGCAGUCAUUUUUUAAGUGAGAAUCAAAGAAAUUAAAUUUUAUUUAUUAGGAGCACAAAUUAAUUCGUACCGUUCUUUUGCGUCCAAAUAGUUUUUUUUUUAUUAAAAAAGAGUAAAAAUAUCUUAUUCAAAGUAUUGUCCGUCGAAAGCGACAACUGUGAUCUGAUAAUUUUUUUUUAAUAGUUUUCGAAAAAUAAGCCUUCUUUGACCUCAUUCCAAUCAUUGAGCUAUGCUUCAUUUCGACUACUACAAAAGACUGGAACUGAGACUCCCCCAAAUCGCUUUAUAUCCACCGAAAAACCAGUAGGCGGAAGGAGGACGGUUUUGAAAAUACGCAUGGUAGGUUAGGAUCUGUGAUUUCAAUGUUUUCAGGUAGUUGUUGACUGGUACAGCCCCGUAGAGCCAAUAAUUGUCAGGUCACAUUGUUAUGCCUUUCGGUCGUUUCUGGUCGGUUUUGACUUGUUUCGCCCGGUUUUAGUUUAUCAUUUGCCACCGCAUCCAUCUGGUCCCAUUAUAUGCAGAACAUAUUCCUUUAACCGAACGACGGAAAUUAUUUGCUGAAUCAACCGCGACGAUUCUACGAUUUCAAUUUGCCUUUGGCACCGAUUUUGAUCUAUUAAAGUCUCCAAUUCCUUGACCUUCCCUUUCAAAUAUUUAGGGCUGAGCAGCACGCUCUUUGCCUUCGACGCUAAAAUCACCAUUUUUGAAGCGUCGAAACAACUCUAUGUGUGACUUAUCGAUUAGCGCAGAUUCACAAAAAAAAUUCCCUGAAGCAUUCGAUGGGUUUCAGAAAUCAAAACAUCCCGGAAAUGCUCUUUCUUUAACACUAAUUCACACAUUUUGGAAGAGAUAAAUAACAUGUCUGUAACAGAUCCUGAAGCACACUAAUUACUGUUGACAGAUGCGAACCGUUUCCAAUUAUAUAGGUAAUCGCUUCUAAGAUCGGCGACAACUUGCAUGUGGAGCCAGCUUCUGAGUACAAACCGAAUAAAUUUGUACUCCCAAAUUUUUUUGAUUUUAAAAAAUUUAAGCUUCAAUUUUUUUAUUAAAAAAAUUAAUAUUUUUUCCAGUAUAGAUACAAUAUUAAACUAGUAUUUCUAAAAGCCUACAAACAUAUUUCUGACGUAAAAAUUCUUGGAACAAAAACUGUUUACUUUUCUUGGAAGGUAACAUUUUUUCUGUUUUCAUUUAAUUUUGUAUAAA